UUUAAAGUGUAAACAACUACUUUCUCGUGUACUUUUUAAUUUUUUUUUUUAUAGGGUGAAAACCUACUGUCGUCCUCUCUCUCUCUCUCUCUCUCUCUCUCUCUCUCUUAUUUUCAACAUUCGUUUAGUUUGUCUGAGUUUUCGAGAUUGUAGAAGAAAAGGAUCAUCGUCGACAAUUUCUGCUCACUUUGAUUCUGUAAAUUUAUUAUCUUUGAUUGAUUCUGGUUUUGAAUCGGGAAUGCGAAGUUGAUACUGUGAGAAUUAUGGAUUGCGGUCCUGGAGAGAAUGGUGUUUGCUCGGAAUCCGUUAAUGGUGGUCGGGAUGUUUGGAGUUGUUCUAAGGAUUCUGCUUCUUCCGCUGAUCAUCUUGUCGUUAUGACCAACGGAAUCCUCGGAAGUUCGAAAGACUGGAAAUUUGCAGCUGAGCUGUUUGUUAGAAUGCUUCCUGACAAAGUGAUUGUUCACUGUAGUGAACGCAAUGAGUCUAAGUUGACGUUAGAUGGUGUGGAUGUUAUGGGUGAAAGAUUGGCUGAGGAGGUUGUUGAAUUAAUUAAACGGAAGCCAGAUGUACAGAAAAUUUCUUUCAUUGGACAUUCUAUGGGUGGACUAGUGGCAAGAUAUGCAAUUGGGAGACUGUAUAGACCUCCUAAGACAGAAACUGUGCAGGGUGCAUGUGGUGAAGAUUCAAGAGGCACUAUAUAUGGUUUAGAGGCAAUGAAUUUUAUCACUGUUGCUACACCUCAUCUUGGGUCUAGGGGCAACAAACAGGUUCCAUUUCUUUUUGGUGUACCCGCCUUUGAGAAAGCCGCAUGUCUUAUUAUUCAUUGGAUAUUUAGGAGAACUGGCCGACAUCUUUUUCUUACUGACAUCGAGGAAGGGAAACCUCCAUUGCUUCAACGCAUGGUGGAUGAUUGGGGUGACCUCUAUUUCAUGUCCGCACUUCAUGCAUUCAAACGGCGGGUGGCAUAUUCCAACGUUGCCUAUGAUCAUAUUGUGGGCUGGAGAACAUCAUCAAUUAGACGUGCUAGGGAACUUCCAAAGUGGGAGGAUUCUCUUAAUGAGAAGUAUCCACAUAUUGUGUAUGAAGAAUACUCGAAAGCAAAAGAUGGUGAGCCUGAGCAGCCUAUAUCAGUGGAAGAUGAAGAUUCUGAUACGCUUGAAGAGAUAGUUAGAGGUCUCUCUCGUGUGUCAUGGGAGAAGGUAGAUAUUAGCUUUCACAGCAGCAAGCAGAGACAUGCUGCCCAUAGUAUCAUUCAGGUCAAGGAUCAGUUAAUACACUCAGAAGGUGCAGAUGUUAUAGAGCACAUGAUUGACCAUUUCCUUGCAUAGAAGUCGAGCAACUGUAUAUUAUUAGACUGCUUGUGGUGUAAAUACCAGAUCAUGACCACGAUUGUAGGUCUGGUGGAUUGCAUUCUCUCUUGGACCCCUGGUCCCAGAUUGAAGAGCAUUCUGUUGUACCAGAUGAAAAGGAAUGAAAAGGAUCAGGUUGAAGGCCAUCUAAUCUCAAUGUAAGGUCAUGCUGUCAUACGGAAUUCUGAGGGGAAUAAAAUAUGAAAUUAAAAUUUUCUGAUUCUAUUGUACAUGAAUAUGUAUCUAACAAUAAGUGCACAUGCUAUUUCCAGAUGAAAAGGAUCAGGUUCUGCAA